AUGUCGUCCGACCCCUCGCCCCACCUCCCGUCGCCGGUGGCCCCGCCGGGCGCGGCGGAGGCGGAUCCCCAGCCCCUGCCCCUGCCCCUGCCCCAGCCCGCUGAGCCGCCCGAGGUGAUGCACCGGACGAGGGCCGUCGACUUCCUCGGGCGACGCACGCCCAUCGUCUACCAGAACGACAACGGGCCCUGCCCCCUCCUCGCCAUCUGUAACGUGCUUCUGCUGAAGAAUGUGAUCAGCCUGAACCCUGACGAGGGCGAGGUGUCGCAGCAGAGGUUGCUCUCGCUCGUGGCCGAGCGCCUCAUCGACCCCAACAUCGCCGUACAGGACAAGGACGAGGAGUAUGUUCGCAACAGGGAGCAGAACGUCGCAGAUGCCAUUGAUCUUCUCCCGCGCCUCGCAACAGGCAUUGAUGUGAACGUGAUGUUCAGGAAGAUUGAUGACUUUGAGUUCACCCGAGAACGUGCUAUAUUUGAUCUUCUGGAUAUCCCGCUAUACCAUGGAUGGAUUGUGGACCCUCAGGAUACUGAAACUGCUACUGCUAUUGGAUCGAAGUCCUACAAUGCUCUUGCCUCCGGACUUGCUGAAUUCAAGUCAGGUAAACCAACAGAAGAAAAUAAACAUGUGGAGGAAGAAACUGUUGAUUUUGCUGCCGCAACAACUGCAACUUUAAAGAUUCCGUCUCCCAGUGUUUCUCGUGGGAGAUCAUUUGAUGAACUUACUCUCUCAAACUCAACUGAACCACAUAAAAGGCGAGGUGACCUUGAGGAAGAAGAGGAACUGAUGAGGGUCCUCAAUCUAUCCAAAGCUGAAAGUGGGGAUGCAGUUGAUGGAGAAGUUUCUUUGGACACUUCACAUAGUCAUUCAUCGUCCAACAUGGAGACACCACAAAGUGAGAGUUUUCAGUCAGAAGCACCUGAGGUGGUGGGGGCUGCAAAAAAAGAGGAACAUGGCGAUCACGCUGUGAGUGAUGAUGGCUCCAUGCUCACAAAUGGUGCUGUUAAUGGCAGUGAAGUUGUGCUUGAAGAAUCCCAAGAAACUUUGACAUCUAAAGAACCAGAGGACAGUGGAAUAAAGAAUAUGUUACCAGGGGACCUUGAUAUACCCAUUCAAUCUUCAGAAUCUACUCCCUCUUGUCCGUCUCAUGAAUCCUUUGCUACCAGUGAUCACCAACCUGCUGUUCCUACUCUUGUUGAAGGUGAUAAAGAAACCUGCAGAGAACAGUUUGAUGUACAAAUUCAUGGCCAGUCUAAUGAUACUGAGGCUGCUUGUGACUCGUUAGUUGCAACUUGUGGAGCUGUUCCAGGUCAUGCUACAACAGAACUGGAUGUGAAAAGUGAUUUUUUAGAUAAAUCUGAGCCUCUACCUUCAAGCAUUCAGGAAUGUGAACCAAUAUACCAAGGUGAAGAGCAUGUACUUGGCACCACAAAUAUGGUGUAUGAAAAUCAAGAGCCAGUGUAUGAGGGGGAGGUGGUUCUUGCUGAGCAGGCUGACAAGACUGGGGAAAGCAGCCCUUCCGUGGGUGACAAGGCCACAGAACAUCAAUGGGAGCUGAUUGAUAAUUUUCUGCAGACCACUGCUAACCAGCUGACUGUCUAUGGUCUCUUCUGUUUACAAGAGGGACUUAACGAAAGUGAGCUUUGUGUCUUCUUCCGUAAUAACCACUUCAACACUAUGUUCAAGUACAACGGAAGUCUAUAUCUCCUAGCAACUGAUCAAGGUUUUAUAAGCCAAACUGAUUUGGUAUGGCAAAGGUUGGAUGAGGUGAAUGGAGAUGGGGUUUUUCUUACCAGCAACUUCACACCCUUUAAGGCUGAAACUCCAAGAAAUGAUUCAUGGAAUGAACAGCAAGCUAUGACGAGUACUGCUGAUUACCUUGCUCAAUUUGACAACACUUCUGGAAACUCUGAUCUGGAGCUAGCUAUAGCACUUCAACAGCAAGAGUUUGAGCGGCAGCCACAAAGGUUUCAAGCUCCACCACCACAGCAGCAACAACAACAGCAACAACCACCUCAGACGCAGCACCAACCGACUCAAUCUGGCCGACCAGGACUUGUUGUUGGUCCAAGGAGGUCCAACGUCCCACCUCCGUCGAGAAGUGAAUCGAAGAAAGAGAGGUGCAUCGUGAUGUAA